AGAUCACCCUGGACCCCUUUUUGAUCCCCGUCAUCAUUCUUUCCAUGAUCGUCGCACGGUGCACCGCGUCCUUCCUCGGCUCCAAGGGCCUGUACCACGAGCUGAUAGAGGUCCAGUCGCUUCCGUUCCUGGCCGAGCAUGAGCACUGGCGCCAGAGGCACUGGGUGGCUGGCGACAUCCUCAAGGAGGAUGUGCGCCGCGCCCGCCACUUCGAGUCCGCCCCCGCGAGGGGGCGGCACGAUCACGAGUCCGCGGACGACGCCGAGUUCGGCCUCCGCCCGCAGACGCGCCAGUCGAGCCACGCCAGCGGCGCCGACGGCGGGCUCAGCUUCGACGAGAGUGUGGCGACGGACGCCAGUAACGCCUCCGCCGAUCCUGUGUCCGAGUGCAUCCUCAUCCAUGUCCGGCGGUACGCCACAGUGCAGGAGGCCUGGGAGGCUCUUUCGAGGUGCCUCCCUGGCGAUUCACAGCCCACGGUGAACGGCUUCCCCGUCGUCGAGGCACGCGAGACAUCGCGAUUUUCAGGGCCGAACACAAAGGACGACGGGAAACUCUGCGGGCUGGUCACGCGCCCGUCGCUGGAGGCACUGCUGCCGCGGGCUGCGGGAGGCAGUGGCGGCUUGGACGCUCGCAGCCAGCCGUUGACAGGCCCACGGUCUUCGACGCAGGGUGGCCCGGCCGGCGUGGGCAGGGUGAUGGACCGCGCCCCUUUCGCGGACAGCGGCGCCCUCAUGGCUACUGGGGGCGCGUACCUCUAA